AUGGCCACUGCUUUAGAAGCCGAUAUUUCUAUCAUGCGAGAAUUUAAAUUGGACACCAUCAUUGAUUUAAAAGUAGCAGAAAUACUUGUCAAAAAAAGACCGAGUGACGAUGAAACCCAGCACUUUACUGACUUGCGCAUUGUGCUUGUGGGAGGGCUAGGCGCAGGUAAAUCAACAUUGGUCAGCCAUCUUGCUCAUGGUGCCAGAGACAAUGGCCGAGGAAGAGCUCGAUUGAAUCUACUGCGGCAUCGUCAUGAACUAGAGUCAGGUCGAAGUUCGUCUAUUUCGCAUGAAAUCAUUGGAUAUGAUUCAGAGGGUCAUUUAGUAAACUAUGCCACCACUAAUGUCAGUACUUGGGAGCAAAUAUGCGAAUCCAGCAAUAAGAUUAUCACCUUUCUAGACACAUGUGGGUAUCCCAAAUACUUGAGGACAACGAUCUCUGGUCUGAUGGGCUACGCACCUGAUUACGCUUGUCUGGUGGUUGCAGGAAAUGCAGGCGCAGUGACAGACAUGACUCGAGAACAUUUAUCAAUUGCUGUCAUGUUGGAUGUACCUGUGUUUGUCGUGAUUACCAAGGCUGAUAUUGCGACACCGGAUCAAUUGAGAAGUACAUUGCACUCCUUGUUAAGUAUGCUGAAAUCACCUUGGAUGAGUAAAGUGCCUGUGGUUGUCCAGACAGAAAACGAUUUGGUGACAUGUGCUUCUCAUUUUGCUAGAAGGGGGCCAGAAUUGCCUAUUUUUAUGGUCUCGAAUGUGACUGGAUCCAAGAUACCUUUAUUGCAACAAUUCUUUCAUUACCUCCCUAAACCAACUCGCUUAGAUUAUGAUGCUUUAUUAGAAGAACCCGUUGAAUUUCAAAUAGAGGAAGUGUAUUCCUUGCCAGAUGUAGGCACUGUUGUGGGUGGUGUAUUAAGCCAAGGUCGAGUCAACAUCCAAGACCAUCAAGAUUAUUAUUUAGGACCUAAUGCAAAAGGAGACUAUGUCAAGGCUCAUGUGAUAUCCAUUCAUCGGCAUCGAGUUCCUGUUCAUUUUGUGCAUUGUGGUCAAACAGCUACUAUGGCAUUAGACUAUCCAUCCGACUGGAAGAUUCAUAAGGGCAUGGUUUUGCUGGGCACAGAUCAGCCUGAAAGUUAUUUUGAAUUUGAAGCUGAAUUGGUAGUUUUGUUUCAUGCAACAGGUGUGUUUCAUGGUACGUGUGGUAUGAUUCAUUCUGGUUCCAUUCGUCAACAUGCUCGAGUGAUAUCAGUCACAAACGAGAAAGAAGACCAUGCCAUUCAUUCGGGUGGACAAGGCAAAUGUACAUUUCGAUUUAUGUAUGAACCUUGUUAUUUGCGUUUGGGAGCUCAAAUAUUAUUUAUGGAAGGCAAAUCAAAGUGCUUGGGAAGAGUGACACACUUGAAGAAGUGA